UGGUGAAGAGUGGGGAAUGGUGUUAGGCAAGGUAGGGUGGCGGGAGGCGAGUGUGGGCGUGGCGGCCACAUAGCCAACAUGGACGGUAUUAAGGUGGUGGUGUUUGGGGCGUCGGGCAAGACGGGCACCUGCUGUACCCAGGCCGCCCUCAACUUGGGAAAAUCAAAGUGACACAUUGAAGCAUGAUGUAUUACACCAGUAUUGGCAUGCUACGAGGGGCAAGGUCCAGUUUUUGUGCAUUGCGAGGAGCAUGGUUAAAAAUACCGAAUUGUGGAAUGUGUUCAAAUAGUCCUGAUAUUGUGGUGGAAAAAUUAACUGGCGACUGUCAAGGAGUUACGGUGUUCGGUCUUAACCGACCUGAGGCUAAAAAUGCAAUUAGUAAGAAUCUAUUGAAAGAGUUUGUCAAUGCCAUUGAAAGUGUUCAACAUGAUCGAAGUGUGAGAGUAGUGCUUUUGAGAUCACUGGUUUCUGGAGUGUUUUGUGCUGGAGCAGAUCUAAAAGAAAGAGCAAAGAUGAGGCCAGAAGAAGUUGGUCCAUUUGUUUCUAAAGCUCGAGCUUGCAUUUCUCUACUUGAAAACCUUCCAAUGCCAGUAAUUGUAGCUCUUGAUGGUGUAGCUUUAGGGGGAGGUUUAGAGAUAUCCCUUGCUUGUGAUCUUCGUGUAGCUGCUAAUUCUGCUAAAAUGGGACUUGUGGAAACCAAACUAGCCAUUAUUCCUGGGGCAGGUGGCACACAAAGACUUCCUCGCAUUAUUGGAGCUGCAAAAGCCAAAGAAUUGAUCUUUACAGCUGCAGUCUUGAAUGGAACACAGGCAGCAGAAAUUGGUCUGGUUAACCAUGUUGUCCCACAGAAUGAAAGUGCAGAUGCUGCAUACCAUAAAGCUUUGGAAAUUGCCAAGAUGAUCAUCCCAAAUGGCCCUAUUGGUGUAAAGAUGGCUAAGACUGCCAUCUCUCGAGGUCUGGAAGUAGACCUUGGUACCGGACUAUCUAUUGAAGAAGCCUGCUAUGCUCAAGUAAUUCCCACCAAAGAUAGGAUUGAGGGGUUGACAGCAUUUAGAGAAAAGAGAAGACCUGAUUAUAAGGGAGAAUGAAAGUUUACUUUUUACAUUUGAUUAUGCCAUAAAGGACAAAUGAGAGCUUUACUCUGCCAUUGACAUCUAUGACCUUAUUCUGUAGGCCUUCAUGCAACUGGUUCUGCUGCACAGUAUAUCAUGCAGUGUGUGUACAAAAACAUUUGACAUCAUUAUUGGUUCAAAAAUUUAACUGAUAAGCAGACAUGUUUGGUCAGUACUGUAUUCAUGUAUUAUGUGAUAUUAAUGUAUUGUAAAAUACAGUAAUAGGUAUUACAUUCUAUUUUAUGGUGUAUAGUUUCCAGUCAUUUUCAUAAGUUCUUAGUAGUAAAUCUACAUGAAAUGUGGUGGUAUUUUAUGAAGGGUUGAUCAUUUUCAGCUGUAGAUUUUGUAAUUACAGUACAGUUGGUGUACAGAGGCAGAGUAAAAGGUAAUAGGUGUUUAGUAUCAUGAUAGCUCUGCAGUAGUGGGUAUAUUUAAUUGACUUAAAUAAGCCAAAUUUAUACCUUUUUUAUAGUUGAAUGAUUGCACAUAGAUGUGGGAGAUUUGUUUUAUAUUUUCAUUGUAUAUAAUGCUGCCAUUUUAAUUUGCUGCUGAAUUUUACUUGGAAGUAAACAAAAUUAAUUGUAA